AUGUCUUCCAAAGCGAUCCGCGAGUACGAUGCCAAGUUGCUCCUUGCCUACUGGCUCGAACGUGCACCCCCAGUCGUCCCCUCCGCAAAGGUCAUCACCCCCUUCGUCUACCCCGCCCCGAAGGUAGCCCAGGUCUCCUGGGAUCCCGCAACCCGCGCCAUCACCCCCGACACUCAGCUCCCUAGCUGGGUUUUCACCACCAAGCUCGUCGCAAAGCCAGAUCAGCUCAUCAAGCGGCGCGGCAAGGCCGGCCUUCUCGCUCUCAACAAGACUUGGGACGAGGCAAAGCCCUGGAUCGCCGAGCGUGCGGGCAAGCCCCAAAAGGUCGAGUCUGUCACAGGCACACUGAACAACUUCAUCCUCGAGCCCUUCCUACCCCACCCUUCCAACACCGAGUAUUACGUCUGCAUCAACUCCCAGCGUGAGGGUGACACCAUCCUCUUCACCCACGAAGGUGGUGUCGAUAUCGGCGAUGUUGACGCCAAGGCACUCAAGCUCGACAUUUCUGUCGGCAAGCCGUUCCCUUCACGCGAGGAGUUCGCGUCGGCCUUGCUCAAGCAUGUUCCCGCCGCCAAGCAGCAGACCCUCGUGGACUUCCUCAUCCGCCUUUACUCCGUCUAUGUCGACCUCCAUUUCGCUUACCUCGAGAUCAACCCCUUGAUCUGCCUGGAUGCCGUCGAUGGCGGCCAGCCCACGAUCCACUACCUCGAUAUGGCGGCCAAGCUCGACCAGACUGCUGACUCUAUCUGCGGGCCCAAGUGGGCGAUCGCGCGAGACGUGACCGUCUACGAGACCGGCGCGCCCCAAACCACUUCCAAGGGCAAGGUCUCCGCUGACCGCGGUCCCCCAAUGGUCUGGCCUGCACCUUUCGGUCGUGACUUGACCAAAGAGGAGGCGUACAUCCAGAAGCUCGAUGCUUCCACUGGUGCUUCUCUCAAGCUGACCGUCCUUAACCCCGAGGGUCGUGUCUGGACAAUGGUAGCUGGUGGUGGUGCUUCGGUUGUUUACUCCGAUGCCAUCGCUGCCCAUGGCUUUGCUCACGAGCUUGCCAACUACGGCGAGUACUCUGGUGCACCCACUGAGGGUCAGACUUACGAGUAUGCCAAAACGAUCGUCGACUUGAUCACUCGCGGCAAGCCUCACCCAGAGGGCAAAAUCCUCAUCAUUGGUGGUGGUAUCGCCAACUUCACCAACGUCGCUGCUACUUUCAAGGGUAUCAUUCGUGCCCUCAAGGAGUACAAGACGCCUCUUGCCAACCACAAGGUCCGUAUCUACGUCCGUCGUGGUGGACCCAACUACCAGGAGGGUCUCAAGGCCAUGCGUCUGCUUGGCGAGUCUCUCGGCGUUCCUAUCAAGGUUUACGGUCCGGAGACCCACAUCACCGAAAUUGUUCCCCUGGCACUCGGCGUCAGGCGGGAGACAAAGUCCACUGCACCUUCCAUCCCUUCCUCUUCUCCUCCCUCCCCUCCUCCUUCCAGUGGCGCUGCGGAACAGAGCGAGAACACGGUGGGCUCGAUCCAUGCGUCUGGCGAGCGUACGCAGGCAGACGACCAGAUCGUCCGAUUUGAGACGGGCGCUGGUCACCAGCGUCCCUCUUUCCGCCCCUUCGAUGCCACGACGCGCUCUUUCGUGUAUGGUCUUCAGCCCCGUGCGAUUCAGGGCAUGCUCGACUUUGACUACUCGUGUGGGCGUCAAACUCCUUCCGUCGCGGCCAUGAUCUACCCCUUCGGCGGCCACCACAUCCAGAAGUUCUACUGGGGCACGAAGGAGACGCUGCUGCCCGUCUACACCUCCCUCCCGGAGGCCGUCAAGAAGCACCCCGAUGUCGAUGUCGUCGUCAACUUUGCCUCGUCGCGUUCCGUCUACUCGAGCACACAGGAGAUCCUCGAGCUCUCGCAGAUCAAGGCGAUCGCCAUCAUCGCCGAAGGUGUUCCCGAGCGCCACGCACGCGAGAUCCUCCACCAGGCUCAGUCGAAGGGUGUCCUGAUCAUCGGCCCCGCCACUGUCGGUGGUAUCAAGCCCGGCUGCUUCAAGAUCGGAAACUCGGGAGGCAUGAUGGACAACAUCAUCGCGUCCAAGCUGUACCGCCCUGGCUCCGUCGGCUACGUUUCCAAGUCUGGAGGCAUGUCGAACGAAUUGAACAACAUCCUCUCGCUGUUCACCAAUGGGACGUAUGAGGGUAUCGCCAUUGGUGGUGACCGCUACCCCGGUUCGACCUUCAUCGACCAUCUCCUGCGCUACGAGCAAGAUCCUGAGUGCAAGAUGCUUGUCCUGCUUGGCGAGGUCGGUGGCAUUGAAGAGUACCGCGUUAUCGAGGCGGUCAAGAAGGGCAUCAUCAAGAAGCCGAUCGUCGCGUGGGCCAUCGGAACGUGUGCGAAGAUGUUCGCGACGGAGGUCCAGUUCGGGCACGCUGGCUCGCUCGCCAACUCGGACAUGGAGACUGCGGAUGCCAAGAACACGGCAAUGCGCGCCGCUGGGUUCAUCGUGCCCGAGACGUUCGAGGACCUGCCACAGGUGCUCAAAGAGACAUACGACGGGCUGGUGAGCAAGGGCGUCAUUCGCCCACAGGCGGAGCGCGAGCCGCCCGUGAUUCCCAUGGACUACAAGUGGGCCCAGGAGCUCGGCCUGAUUCGCAAGCCCGCCGCAUUCAUCUCGACAAUCUCGGACGAGCGUGGGCAGGAGCUGCUGUACGCUGGCAUGCGUAUCUCGGAUGUGUUCAAGGAAGAUAUCGGGCUCGGCGGUGUUGUUAGUUUGCUGUGGUUCAAGCGCCGCUUGCCGCAGUGGGCGACGAAGUUCAUCGAGAUGGUCCUCAUGCUCACGGCUGACCACGGUCCCGCCGUAUCAGGUGCAAUGAACACCAUCGUUGCGACACGUGCGGGCAAGGAUCUCAUCUCGUCGCUGGCCUCUGGUCUCCUUACUAUUGGUAGCCGAUUUGGUGGUGCUCUCGACGAGGCUGCGUCCAUGUUCUCGAACGCUCGGGAUACUGGCUUGACACCACGAGAGUUUGUCGACGCAUCAAGGAAGGCAAACAAGCUCAUCUCUGGUAUCGGCCACAAGAUCAAGUCGGUCAACAACCCUGACCUGCGUGUCGAGCUCGUGAAGGAGUACGUGGUCAAGAACUUCCCGUCGCACUCGCUGCUCGACUACGCGCUUGCGGUCGAGAAGGUGACGACGUCGAAGAAGGACACGCUCAUCCUGAACGUCGACGGGUGCAUCGCCGUCUGCUUCGUCGACCUGCUACGCGACUCGGGCGCGUUCACACCAGAGGAGGCAGACGAGUACAUCCGGAUCGGGACGCUCAAUGGGCUGUUCGUUCUCGGGCGCUCGAUCGGCUUCAUCGGGCACCACCUCGACCAGAAGCGCCUGCGCGCGCCGCUGUACCGCCAUCCCGCGGACGACAUCUUCAUCAACAUGGCGGACUUGUCGCAGCCGCGCGUGCUGGGCAAGAUGGCGUGA